UGUAUACAGUGGUAUCUCAGUUUCAUGCGCUUCGUUAGACGCGACAGUACCUACGUAGUACUGUACUCGUGUGCUCUUGCUGAUUUGUCGGUUAUAUUUUGUUUACGAUAAAAGCAGUCAAUAUUUUUAUUCACACGAAAAGAGUAUGGUCAUUGGUCAACGACUUCAAAUCAAAUGGUAAUGAUGUGUUGACAUGACAGUUGUUUUGGAAUAAUUUUGUAAUAUAGUUAUGCACCUGAUUGUUUCGGCCAGCGAUCUUAGAUCCUAGCUUUCUUGCUUUCAUGGAGUAAAAUGCUUUCAACCAGUGAAUUCGGUCUAGUGAUAAUUUUGUAAAAUAAACAAGCUGCUGCAAUUUUUAUUUCCAAAGUAUUGUAACAAUGAUGAAGAUGGAUGAUAGAGUUUAUAACAAUGAUUUGUCCUACCCCAAAGAAGAGAAAAAGUGCCUCGUAUAUAGAAUAUUUGGGCAAGUUCCAGCAAGACUUGUACUUUAUCUUUUAUCAUGGUCGGGUUUCUUAGUAUCCUUCAUGAUGAGAAACGACAUAAAUCUCGCUAUAGUAGCAAUGGUUGAAGAACCAACGCAUGCAGAUACCAACGUCUCACACGAAUAUUGUUUUGUUAAGGAAGAUAAUAAUAACACAGCCCCUAUAGAUUAUGGAGGAACAUUGGAUUGGUCCAGCCAUAUACAAUCCUAUGUUUUGGCAUCAUUUUAUUGGGCGUAUAUUGUCUCACAAAUUGUGGGAGGCUUAGCUACACAGAAAUUGGGCACAAAACGCGUGUUUGGUUACGCACAAUUGGCCACCGCACUUUGCAGUUUAUCCAUUCCAUUAGCAUCAGAUACUCACUAUGGUUUAGUAAUCACCCUGCGAUUUAUUCAGGGAUUUGCAUCGGGUCUGACAUGGCCUGCUAUGUACGCCUUAGUAGGGCACUGGAUUCCUGUCCCAGAAAGAAGUCGCUUCAUGUCCAGUUUUCAAGGUUUUAGUAUAGGAAUCGGUAUAACGUACCCCCUGUGUGGCUUUCUGAUAGCUCAUUUAGGAUGGAGAUCAGUAUUCUAUACUACAGGUUCCAUAGGAGUGUUGUGGUGUUUGAUUUGGUAUCUUUUGGCAUUUGACAGUCCAGAAACCCAUCCACGUAUAAGUCUGAGGGAACAACGAUAUAUUAGGGAAAAUACUGAUAAUACUUAUGAAAAUUCCAGGACCCAAAAAGUUCCAUGGAAAUCAAUUUUACUAUCUCCAGCAGCUUGGUCUAUUGGAAUAACCACAUUUGGUCGUAUUUGGGUUCAUUACACCUUUAUCAUCUCAGGACCAACUUAUAUGAAAAGAAUAUUAGGCUUUAGUAUAGAAAAAAAUGGAUUAUUAUCUGGUGCUCCAUUUAUCUGUAGUUAUGUAGCAUCGGUAUUUUUCUGUUAUGUAGCUGAUAAAUUAAUUACUCAAAAGUAUAUGUCACUGACCAAUGUUCGAAAACUAAUGACUGCUCUCUCUCAGGUAUUUCCUGGUAUAUUGGUACCACUUAUUAGUUACUUAGGUUGUGAAGUUGAAUUGGUAUUAGUUGUAUGGUUCACUGCCGUUACUUUAAUUACUGCUUCAUAUGCGGGUGCUAUGGCGAACGUCGUGGAUAUUGCCCCUAAUUUUGCCGGUCCAGUAUUAGCGUUUGCUCAAACUAUUCAUAUGUCUGCCAGUUUCCUAAGCCCCUUAGCAAACUUUCACGUGUUAACCGGACAAGAACAUUUAAUGUCCGCAUGGAGAACGGUGUUCUAUGUUGCCUGUUUUGUUGCCUGUGCCACUUACAUCUUUUAUCAAAUUUGGGGCACUGGAGAGACUCAGGCAUGGAACUUUAAUACUGAUCAGCCUAUCGACACUAAAGAAGUAGAGGAACUUAUGAUCAGAUCUACACACAAAGAAGAAAUUAUAAAUGGCAGUAAUUACAGUAACAAUAUAAUACGAGAAACAACUGAUAUAAAUGGCAUACAAAAAGACGACGUUAAAAUUUAAAUUAGUAAAGAUCGAAUGAAGUUACUUAUAUUUUACAGGGUUUAUAUAUUUUCCAGAAACUUAAUUUUAUUUCUGUAUUUGUAUAUAUCUUAUAACGCCAUAACUAUGUUCACGCUAAGAAGUGAUAACGAAUUCGAUUAAUAAGAUAUAUAUAAUCAGUAUUAACAACAGAAAAUUGUUAUAUCUUAUUAAUAAUCUCUCUUUUUUAUAUAUUUAAAUUAUACAGGGUUGUUCACCACAUGCGACACGGAGUA